AUGAGAAAGGGGAUAGUGUUUGAAUGGACUCCUGCGUGCGAGGAGGCGUUCAAUCACUUCAAAGAGAUCCUGGUAGCACCCCCGGUACUCGGGAAGCUCAAGGUCGGAGAACCACUCUACCUGUACCUGGCCAUAACGAAGGAAGCGCUUGCAGCGAUUUUGGGGUGGGAAGAAGGGAAGGCUCAGCAGCCAAUUUACUUUGUGAGUAGAGCGCUGCAAGGAGCAGAACCGAGGUAUAGCAAAUUGGAGAAGCUGGCACUGGCACUCUUGACCUCUUCCCGUAGACUAAGGCAAUACUUCCAAGGCCACCAGAUCAUCGUGAGAACAGACCAGGGAAUCCGUCAAGUGCUCCAAAAACCCGAUUUAACGGGAAGAAUGAUGACUUGGGCCAUUGAGCUCUCCCAGUAUGAUUUACGAUACGAACCCCGACACGCGAUUAAGGCACAAGCAAUGGCAGAGUUCCUGGUGGAAGUAACAGGGGAUCCAACCGAAGAAGCGGGCAUACGGUGGAGGCUCCAUGUAGACAGGGCCUCCAACCAAACAUCGGGGGGCGCCGGGAUCAUCUUAGAAAGCCCAGCUGGGGUCAUAUACGAACAAUCGACCAAGUUCGAAUUCCCUAUGUCGAAUAACCAAGCAGAAUACGAGGCCCUCUUGGGAGGCCUAACCCUAGCUCGGGAAGUCGGGGCGACGAGGCUGGAGGUGUGUAGCGACUCACAGGUCAUCACCUCACAAGUAAACAGAAGCUACCAAGCCAGAGACUCGCUGUUGCAAAAGUGCUUGGAGAAGGUUAGAGAGUUGAGCAAGCAGUUCGAGGAAGUCACGAUCCAACAUGUUCCAAGGGAAAGGAACACACGGGCAAACUUCUUAUCUAAGCUAGCAAGUACGAAACCGGGAGUCAGCAACCGAUCUCUCAUCCAAAGCAUGGUAAAGGAACCAGCAGUUGUCCUCCACUUGAAAAAGUUAGGCCCCUCUUGGUUGGACCCCAUCAUUGAUUUCUUGGAAAACGGCAGUCUCCCUGACGAUGAGAAGGUAGCUAAAGUGUUGAGAAGGGAGGCAACCAAAUAUGCGACCAUACAGGGACAACUGUUUAAAAAGGGACUCAGCCAGCCCCUAUUGAAGUGCCUGCAUCCCGACCAGACGGACUAUGUGCUCAGAGAAGUCCACGAGGGGUGCUGCGGUCACCAUAUCGGGGGCAAAGCCCUAGCGAGAAAGCUCAAUCGAGCUGGAUACUACUGGCCAUUGAUAAUGAAAGAUUCCAAAGAAUUCGUGAGGAAAUGCGUCAAGUGUCAAGAGAACGCUAACUUCCACAGAGCACCGGCUUCCGAACUAAGUCUACUGACAUCCUCCCGACCUUUCGCACAAUGGGGAGUCGACCUCUUGGGACCUUUCCCGGUUGGUCCGGGGCAAGUCAAAUAUCUCAUAGUUGCCAUCGACUACUAUACCAAAUGGAUAGAGGCCAAACCACUGGCCAGCAUAUCCUCAUCCAAUUGUAGAAAGUUCAUGUGGAGGUAG